AGCCACGGGACCAGCAAUAACAGCUGUUUGAGUUGCAUUUAUCUUAGUAGGAUGAGACAAAGGGGACCAAAAAUGUCCUCAAUUAUGACAAUAACAAUGAUGACGUUAAGGGGUGACAAUAUAAGUCAUAUUAUUUCUCUAAUAGAAACCACCCAAUUUUAUCCUCGUUCAUUCUUGUUAUUUUCGUACUUUUUAUUGUCAUGCUCGAGAUUCCCAUAGUUUGUUUCUCUUUUCUCCUAGCAUUUGAUAUAGGUUUGGGGGCGAUUGUGUAAUGUAUAGGUCUCUGGUGUUUGUGUAACUUUGAGAAAAUAGUGGUGAGAAUUCGCAGAGGUCACAGCUUCGGUAUUUGCCACUGAAUAGCCUGACAAGUCCUUUUUAUCAGUGAGAUCAAAGUCCCUCCUGAGUUAUUUCUAUUGUUGUAGCUAGUUUCAUAUUUUGACUGGUGUCAGGUUUUCCCCAUCCGUUUCCCUUGAAGUUCCUCAGUGUUUGAUAUCAUUUGCUCUGUCGGGUCCUGCUGUUUUGUCUGCUUUUUGACCAUUAUGGUAUGUGGUUAGGGGCUUUCACACAACAUGUUUGUUGAUUAUUGUGACAAUAGUGACAUAUGUGACAGUAUUGCACAAGCAACCUGUGUCUAGUAGUAAGCUUAAUUACUAGAAUAUUGACAGUGAUUAACCACAACUAGUUUUAUUUGCUGUGUUUCUUGUGUGAGUUAAUUUUCAGUUAAUGGUAAAGUCUUACUGAAGAAAGUCAUGUGAAGAACCGUUACCACUGGAACAGGAUUGUGCACCACCAUAAAUGUGCUUCUUAUGGAGGUGGAGAUGGACCCAAUGGGGUUCCUAAAUUGAUGGAUUUGCUAGAUGAGCCAGUGCCUGGGGUGGGCACAUAUGAAGACUUCAACACAAUCGAUUGGGUCCGGGAGAAAUCCAAGGACCGGGAUCGCCACAGAGAGAUUGCUACUAAAAGUAAAGAGUCUACCUGGGCUCUGAUGAAGAGUAUCAGUGAUGCCUUCUCUGGCUGGCUUCUCAUGCUGCUUGUGGGACUGAUGUCAGGUGCCCUGGCUGGUGGGAUUGACAUCUCUGCUCACUGGAUGACCGACCUAAAGGAGGGUGUGUGUCUGAGGGGCUUCUGGUUCAACCACGAGCACUGCUGCUGGAACUCUAACGAGACUACUUUCAAAGAGAGAGACAAGUGCCCUAAUUGGAAAAGCUGGGCUGAGAUCAUUGUCGGCACCAAUGACGGCCCUUUUGCCUACAUCAUGAAUUACCUGAUGUAUGUCAGCUGGGCACUGCUCUUCUCCUUCUUGGCUGUGUCUUUAGUCAGAGCAUUUGCCCCAUAUGCCUGUGGCUCUGGAAUACCUGAGAUCAAGACCAUCCUGAGUGGAUUUAUCAUCCGUGGCUACCUGGGCAAAUGGACUCUUAUGAUUAAAACCAUCACCCUGGUGCUGGCUGUGUCAUCUGGUCUCAGUUUGGGCAAAGAGGGGCCUCUGGUUCAUGUGGCAUGUUGUUGUGGCAACAUUCUAUGCCACCUCUUUACCAAGUACCGCAAGAAUGAAGCAAAGAGACGAGAGGUAUUGUCUGCUGCAGCAGCUGUUGGUGUGUCAGUCGCUUUUGGUGCUCCCAUCGGUGGAGUUCUUUUCAGUCUGGAGGAGGUGAGUUACUACUUCCCUCUAAAGACACUGUGGCGCUCUUUCUUUGCUGCAUUGGUGGCUGCCUUCACUCUUCGCUCUAUCAACCCAUUUGGUAACAGCAGGCUGGUGCUGUUCUAUGUGGAGUUUCACUCACCCUGGCACUUGCUGGAGCUCAUACCCUUCAUUCUGUUGGGUAUUUUUGGGGGAAUCUGGGGAGCGUUCUUUAUCCGUGCAAACAUUGCAUGGUGUCGACGGCGUAAGACUUCUCAGUUGGGUCACUACCCUGUCUUGGAGGUGCUGGUUGUUACAGCAGUCACAGCUUUGCUGGCGUUCCCCAACAGCUACACUCGUAUGAGCACCAGUGAGCUAAUCUCAGAGUUAUUUAACGAUUGCGGCCUGUUGGAUUCCUCACAGCUCUGCAACUAUGCUAAUGUAAGCGUUACCAAGAGCAACAGCAAUGCUCUUCCUGACAGGCCAGCUGGACAUGAUGUCUACACGGCCAUGUGGCAGCUGUCUCUGGCCCUGAUCUUCAAGAUGCUCAUUACUGUGGUGACCUUCGGCAUGAAGGUGCCCUCUGGUCUCUUCAUCCCCAGUAUGGCUGUGGGAGCGAUUGCAGGCAGGCUGCUUGGUGUGGGCAUGGAGCAAUUGGCAUAUUACCAUCAUGACUGGGUAAUCUUCAGAGGCUGGUGCUCACCUGGAGCAGACUGCAUCACCCCAGGCCUCUAUGCUAUGGUGGGCGCUGCUGCUUGCUUAGGUGGUGUGACUCGUAUGACCGUCUCUCUUGUGGUCAUCAUGUUUGAACUUACGGGUGGUCUGGAAUACAUCGUGCCUCUGAUGGCUGCCACCAUGACUAGUAAAUGGGUGGCAGAUGCUCUGGGUCGAGAGGGUAUCUAUGAAGCCCACAUCCGUCUCAAUGGAUACCCCUUCCUGGAGUCAAAGGAGGAGUUCAGCCACAAGACACUGGCCAUGGAUGUGAUGCGACCUCGGCGUAGUGACCCCCCACUUUCCGUGGUAACUCAAGAUGGAAUGAGUGUGGAGGAAGUCGAGUCACUCAUUGCAGAAACGUCGUACAGUGGCUUUCCCGUGGUUGUCUCACAUGAAUCUCAGAGACUUGUGGGCUUUGUGCUGCGAAGGGAUCUGAUCAUCUCCAUUGAGAAUGCUCGUCAGCGGCAGGAAGGUGUGGUUAGCGCCUCCCGAAUCUUCUUCACCGAAUACACGCCUCCACAGCCACCCAGCAGUCCUCCCCCGCUAAAGCUUCGUGGUAUCAUGGACCUCAGUCCAUUCACCGUAACUGAUCACACUGCCAUGGACAUUGUGGUGGACAUCUUCCGCAAGCUAGGCCUGCGCCAAUGUCUCGUUACUCACAACGGGCGUUUACUGGGCAUCAUCACCAAAAAGGACAUUCUCAAACAUAUGGCCCAGAUGGCCAACCGAGACCCUGACUCUAUUCUCUUCAACUGAAGUGCCAAACUGGCUUUUAUAAAACACAAGCCAGUUUGAAACAUCCCAUUGGGCCAAAUGAUUUGCACUAAAGAACUGUUAGUACUGGAUUGGAAUCCAUUCACACUGUGAAACCCAUUUUGUAGAGCCUCAUUGGUGCAGGCAUUACAACUACGGGAUGCAGAACUUACAGAAACACAUUCUGUGCACUCCAGCACAAAGCUUGAGAACUGGAUUGAAACUGAAUGCAGCCAAGCACUGGUCUUUGCAAGUAUAGCCAACCUAUCAUAAUAACAUAUAUAACAUAUCAAGACAUACAGACAGGUGACAAACAAAGCAGAAAAUCAAAUAAGAUUAAAUUAAUUGCAAUCAUAUUUUUUAGCACUGUUCACCUCUGUAGCAUAAUAUUCCUGCUAAAUAUGGACAUUCACUUACAUGGCCUCUUUUGGAUUGUAUUUCUCAAGCUCUGUGAGAAAAAUUACAUUACAACAAAUAUUGAAAGAUGAAAUAUUAUCUUUCAUUAUUUAAGGAAAGUUCUUGUGUGUCAAGAGGCAAGUCAGAAGCAAGAAAUCAUAGACAUUUCCCAAGAGUUUCCUUGCCUUUUAUUAUGCCAUGGAUGCAAAUCAUAAGUUAAAGCAAAUGUUUUUUUUGUUUUUUUUUUGUUUACUUUUUUAUUUUUUUAUUUUAAAUGAGCCCUUGCAAAUAUUCCAGCGACUUAAAGCUCUUGGGCUGAAUGUUAUCAUUUAGUUUUGUUUUAAUGUCUUAAUGUUUUCUGAGCCUGAUGAUUUACAGUUUCCUCAUGAGGUGUAAGGCUGUGUAGCUUCUGCCAAGAGAUUAUGCAUUUAAAAAAAAAAAAAAAGUCUCAUUCUGAAUUAAACACUAUCACUGUAAAAAAAAAAAAAAAA